AUGGCUACUCUUGUCCUGCUCUCUGCUGCUCUCCUCCUCGGCCUUCUCCUGCCUUCCUCCAUGGCCAACAACAUUCUCUAUGCUGGCGACACGCUGUACAGUGACUAUUCCCUCACGGAAGGGAGCUAUACCUUCACCAUGCAGGACGACUGCAACCUGGUGCUGGACGAGAGCCGCCUGGAGGUGUGGUCCUCCAACACCACGGGGCAAGGUACCGCCUGCCACGUCAAAUUGUACACCGACGGCAACCUCGUCAUCUACAACAGCAACGACAAGCCUAUUAAUUGGUCGAGCGACACCGCCGGCAAGGAGGACAAGUACAUCCUCGUCGUGCAUCGCGACGGCCACGUCGUCAUCUACGAACCUAUAUGGACCCGCCCCAACAGAAACACCGCCAAUUACAAAGGCGUCGUGACCGUCAAAAGGGGCCACAGCGAUACUAGCAUCACGGCGGCGGAUAACAAUAUUCUCUAUGCCGGCGACACGCUGAACACCAGCCAAUCCCUCACCCAAGGGAGCCAUACCUUCAUCAUGCAGUCCGACUGCAACCUGGUGCUGGACGACGGCCAGAACCAGGCACUGUGGACCUCUGCCACCAACGGCCUAGGCGACAACUGCUUCGCAAACCUGCAGACCGACGGCAACCUCGUCAUCCACAACGACAAAAACGAGGCUGUCUGGUCGACCAACACCGCCGGCAAGGAGGACAAGUACAUCCUCGUCCUGCAUCGCGACGGCCACAUCAUGAUCUACAAACCUAUAUGGACCCGCCCCAACAACGAUGACAAUUCCACGAACAGGAAGAUCGCCAUGGUGACUAAUAAUUAG